AUGGAGUGCUCGUUGUUCCCUUGGAUGCUCUUAAGCCUUUUUGCAGGAUCCCAGGGCUUGAACAACAUAUGUGAGAGUGAGGCCAUCAGCUUUCUGCAGGCAAUGAAGUGUUUUUAUUUCUACAACAAAGAGAAGAAUGAUGAAGCAAAGACUACGAAGUCUACUUCUACUCGUUCCACUUCCCCUUUCUUUUCACUUGAUCGUGACCCAAGAAAAUCUGGUUCCGAGUCUAAUUCUCAGAAUGCCACAGAAUUUAGCACAGCAUCCUCUGCCAAGUCAUUUGCAGCAUUGUCGCAGCGACAGAGUAAUCUCCGAGAAUUCACAUGCUCAGAGUUAAAAGCAGCAACAAAGAAUUUUAGUCUCUCCCUCAUGCUUGGAGAGGGUGGGUUUGGUGGUGUGUAUAGGGGUGUCAUCCGGACCACAGAAGAUCCACAUAAAAAGAUAGAUGUUGCUGUUAAACAACUGAGUAAAAGGGGAUUUCAGGGCCAUAAAGAGUGGGUGACUGAAGUGAAUGUUUUAGGGGUUGUUGAACAUGCAAAUCUUGUCAAACUGUUAGGCUACUGUGCUGAGGAUGAUGAAAGAGGGAUCCAGCGGCUCCUUGUAUAUGAAUAUAUGCCCAACAGGAGUGUGCAGGAUCACUUAUCAAGCCGAUUUCAGAUAGCUCUUCCAUGGGGUACAAGAAUGAAAAUCGCCCAGGAUGCCGCUCGUGGCUUAGCAUACCUCCAUGAAGGGAUGGAAUUUCAGAUUAUCUUUAGGGAUUUCAAGUCUUCAAACAUACUUUUGGAUGAACAAUGGAAUGCCAAGUUAUCUGACUUCGGAUUGGCUAGACUUGGGCCUUCAGAUGGAUUGAGCCACGUCUCUACUGCGGUUGUUGGAACAAUAGGGUAUGCAGCUCCUGAAUACAUUCAAACCGGACAUCUCACAUCUAAAAGUGAUGUAUGGAGCUAUGGAGUUUUCCUUUAUGAACUCAUCACAGGCAGACGACCUGUGGACAGAAACCGACCCAAGAAUGAGCAAAAACUCUUGGAAUGGGUGAGGCCACACCUCUCUUCAGAUCCAAAGAAGUUCCAAUUGAUUUUGGAUCCAAGGCUUGAAGGGAACUAUUCCCUCAAGGCUGCCCAAAAACUAGCAGCUGUGGCCAGCCGGUGCUUGGUGCGACAGCCUAGAUCACGCCCGAAAAUGAGCGAAGUCGUGGAAAUGUUGAACCAAAUUAUGGAGACAACGGAUAUGGGAAGCCCCGAACUCCCUCUGAAGGGUGUGGACUCCAAAGAUGAAUAUUACAGAGAGUCCAAAAGAGAGGUUUUAAAAAGGAUGUUUGUGGAUCCAUUGAUUGGAGAGAAUGGUUGCUUAAAUUGGCAAACAUGGAGACCAAAGCUUGUGAACACAUGUUGA